AUGGGCUUGGAGGGCGCCCUAGGCCGGCGUGUGACGGUGGGGCUUCUUUUGGCGCUGUGCUCUGCCGUCACCUCCAUCUCCACCAAGGAGAUUCUGCGCAGCUUUCCGUUCCCAGUCACGAUCGCGGCGGUGCAGCAGCUGCUCUCCGCGGCGCUCGGCCGCCUCGGCAUUGCGUCCUGGCAGACCGCGACGAGCGGUGCCAGCCCUCUCUUUGACGCCCAGAUUGCCCCCGUCGUCACCGCGAUGGUGAUCUCGCUGGUGGCGUACCGAUGGAGCCUGAUGCACGCCUCCGUCUCCUUCACGUGCAUCGUGAAGACGCUCGCCCCACUGUUCACCAUCCUGUUCUCGUUUGCCGUCGAGGGGCAGCCGACCACCGCAGCGCGAUGCGCCUCGGUGGUGCCGGUCGUGCUCGGCGUCGCUCUCACCUCUGCCACCGAGGUCGAGUUUUCGAGCGUCGGCGCCCUCGCGGCGCUCGUCGCGACGGCAUCGCAGGCGCUGCAGAUGGUCCUGGCCAAGCGGCUCCUCUCGCGCGGCGUCUGGUCCAAGCCAGAGCUCUUUUACCGCAUCGCCCUCUCCGGGUUUUGCCUCUUGCUCGGCCUCUCCCUCCUCGUCGAGGCGCAGCCGAUUCGCGACGAGCUUCGCGCCCCAGCGGCCUUGAGCGACGGUGCCAGCCGAAGAGGCGUGUGGCGGCCAGCCGGCUGGGUUCUCGUCAACGGCAUCUGCUACUUCGUCAACCAGUUGAGAGCUAGAGCGAGGAGCGUGCCGGGAAAGGAGGCGGGGACAGAGCCGACCUCUGACGGUAGGUACACGGGCUUGUCGGUGCUUGACGCGAUGGACACGCCCCUCUCGCACGCCCUCGCCAACGUGCUCAAGCGCGCCGUUGUGGCGACCCCUCUUCACGUCUUUGGCGCCGCGCUCUCCAUCUUUGGCGCCCUCGCGUAUCAGCAGGUUGUUAGCCUGGGCGGGCGGUGGGCCGCGGCAUCUCUCCGCUCGAGCGGGUAUGCUCCCGUGGCGCUGAGCGAGGAGGCGGAUGCCUUGGAGGCUCCGCCGGCGGAGGAGGCGCGGCUCGGGGAGGGGCGCCGGAGAGGCGAGCCGCACCCAGCCGAUGGCGCCGAGGAUGGAGGGUGAUAACGGUACCAUGUAGUUUGUGAUAGUCCUCGGAGCGGCUUAAAU